GCUAACUGUUGGAUGUUGAGAUGCACUGUUUCAGUGGACACAUAUUUAUUUUUUCAUGAUUUUAAGUUGGAUUUUAAUUUUACACAAGAAGACAAUUUGUGGUAAAUCACGAAUCAGUAUGUCUGGGUCACUGAAGACAGCCUAAUGCUUUGGACACAAGACUUUUACCUUUAUCUGCGACAAUGGCCAAUUUUGCAAAAACACUGCUGAAGUUUUUAUUUGUCGUAUAUAUUUCUAUUCCUGGAUUGCAUUGCCAGCUAGACUGUACUGGCGUGGACUGCCCUCUUUUGAACGACUGCAUUGAGGAGGUUCUGGAAGCAGGUGCUUGUUGUGCUUCUUGCUUACACAAAGGCUGCACUUGUGAAGGCUACCAAUACUAUGAUUGUCUAAAUGCUGGAUUUAAGAAUGGGAAAGUUCCAGAAGGUGAUUCUUACUUUGUAGAUUAUGGUAGCACGGAGUGUUCCUGUCCAGCAGGGGGUGGCAGAAUCAGUUGCCACUAUAUCAGCUGCCCUGAAAUACCCCCAAACUGCAUAGACAUGUCUGAGCCUGCCGAUGGGUGCAUGCAGUGUGAGCGAAUUGGCUGCAUUCACAAUGGACAAAAAAUUGAGGCAGGGCACUCUUUUCACAUCAAUCCUUGCCAGGUUUGCCAUUGCCCUAAUGAAGGAGGGACGCCUAUGUGCUACCCUGUGCCAAACUGCAAUCCAGAGAAGGUCCAUACACCAAUGCUACCUGGAUCACCACAGGAUGAGUCAGUUAUUCAACACAACAGCUAUCCGUACAUGGUUGACCAACAAGAUCAUAUAGGUCAGUUACCCACACCCCAUCAUGUUCCUUCUGAGGGGAAUCUACCUCUCUUCAAACCACCUGACAUGGACAAUGAAGAGCUAGAAGACUAUGAUUAUGGACCCACUGACUUUCCAGACACCUACCCUGAUCCUUUGGCUUCUUUUACUCCUUUCAACAAAGACAAUAACUUGCCCCAUAACGGAGACCAAACCAACAAGUUAGAACUUAAAGAGAGCUUUGGAGUUCACGACUACUUUGGAGCAAGAAGACCUACAAGAAUCUCAACAGCUUCUGAAGGAACUACUCCUCAGCCACAGGACUCUGAAGAUGUCACUACGUCUUGGAAACUUUCGAAGCAUCCUACAAUCACAGACCUGAGAGAUUUCAAGUACCCUCUAAAGGAACAUGAGCAUGUUGGUAGUUUUGUUCUUCCACUAGAGAAAAAAAUGAGCAGUGAAAAUCUUCUACAAGAUCCAAGUUUAGACAACUCAGUAAAUCUUCAUGAAAAUUCAGAGGCCAAAGACAAAACGUCUUUGAGAGUUCAAAUCAAUUCUACUCAAAGUCAAGACCAUGGACACAUGGUUUUAAAUAGCCUUAAUCUUCCAUCAUAUACUUUGGAAAACCCACGUCAACACACAGAGGUAACUCCUACCCCAGGCCCAGAGGAGCAGUUUGAGGAUGAAUACUACAGUGAGGGUGAAGACAUAGUGCCUUUGCAAAAUGAUACAGGGCUCCAGGACUACAAUGUGUUUUAUAAUCUUAAACCAAUCAUACAGGAAGAUGGUAAUGAGAAAACUGAGAGCAGAAAUGCAACUCCAACCUAUAGAAAGACCACCCCAGAAUUUACUACUUCUACUGCUUCAGCUAUUACUACUACAACUACUACUACAUCAACAUCAACAACUCCAUCUUAUUUAGCCACGACUGCCAAACCACUGUUGCAUUUCAAGCAAGAUGUAAACAGCACCUACCAAAACAGCAAUGACAAGACUGUUGAUGUUGCUCCUAAAAUGGAAGAGCCAAGGAAAGUGGCAUCAGAGGGAAAGGUUUCUGAUCAAUUCGGAUUAAAAGGCACAUUUGAAGGUGAAGUGGAGGAUGACCUAGUCCAGAGCUGCUGUGUUGCUGGACAGAAGUGGGCAAAACAGAAUGACCACUGUGUUAAUAUGCCACCAUUAAGCAAUGACAAGUUCACUAUAUGCAGUUUGGCUCAGAAGCAGUGUUGCCUAAGCUCAGUGAGGGAAAUUCAGUGUGAGUCUGGUGUUACAGCUGCCCGUGCAGGGAGCCCCUGUGAUGUGGACCUGGAAGCCCCAUGUCCAGAUGACUCCUAUCAGGUGUGCUGCAGUUGCUGUGCCCUGGGUGUGCAGGUGCGGCGUGAGGGUCUGAGCUGUGACAGUCACCACUUCCUGGGGUAUCCUUGUGGACAUGUCUUCCUGACCUGCUGCGAAGAUGAACUAGCCCCCAGCCACACCCUCCUGUGGAGUAAACACAGUGUUCAAGCUACCACACGACCUAGACAAGUGUUAAACAGCCCGCUCCCCAGACAGGCCCUCUCCAUAUCUGCCACAGCGGAGUCAGCACACACACAGCAGGAGGAGGAUGGCAUGGACCACUGCCAGGUGUACGCGGGACAGCUGUGCCAGCACACCUGCACCAACAUCUAUGGCUCGUACCAAUGUGGCUGCCAUCAUGGGUACUCCCUGCAGCCAGACGGACACUCCUGUACACCAGAGAGCCCUGAUGAAGACAACAGAGUAACAGAAGAUGAUGACUAUUUUGAGACUAGCACCACCAAGACCACUACCACCAGCAGUCAACUUUACUUCAACCCAUGUGAAGAUAGACAGUGUGGUCAGAAGUGCAGUGUGAUUGGGGGGCGUGCGCUCUGCUCCUGUCUCCCAGGCUUCUCUCUCAUGACUGAUGGACGCACCUGUCAAGAUGUGGAUGAAUGCUUGGGCCUGCCUCACAGCUGUGGAGCAGGCCAGCGCUGCAGAAACACUUUGGGCUCGUUUGUGUGUGAGCGCAUCCUCACCUGUGCCCCAGGACAUCGGCUCAACAACGGACGCUGUGAGGACAUUGAUGAGUGCAAGUUACAGACUCAUAAUUGUGGAGGGACUUUUGUGUGUGAAAAUACGCCAGGUUCAUUUCGCUGUCGACCUAGAGUCAAAUGCAUCACUGGAUUUACACAGGACCCCCAUGGGAACUGUAUUGAUAUUAAUGAGUGUAGCAGUCGAGCAGAUCCAUGCGGUCCAGGCUCUCAUUGUAUCAACACUGUGGGCUCUUACACCUGCCAGAAAAAGAGCAUCACCUGCAGCCACGGUUACCACGCCAAUGCCCAAGGAGACGCAUGUGUCGAUGUAGAUGAGUGCCAGGUGGGAUCUCACCACUGUGGAGCUGGUCAGAUCUGUCAUAACCACCCGGGCUCCUACCGCUGUGAGUGUCAGUCAGGAUACCAGUAUGACGCCCUGCGCAAGCAUUGUAAUGAUGUGAAUGAAUGCUGGCGUUUUCCUGGGCGCCUGUGUUCCCAAACUUGUGAGAACACCCCCGGAUCUUAUCAUUGCUCUUGCACCUCCGGCUUCUCCCUAGCACCUGAUGGCAAAAACUGCGAAGACAUAAACGAGUGCGAGAAAAAACCCUGUAGUCAAGAGUGCGCCAACAUUUACGGCUCAUACCAGUGCUACUGUCGCCAAGGCUACUACCUGAAGGAGGACGGGCGCACUUGUGAAGAUAUAGAUGAGUGUACUCAGAGUAUGGGGAACCUGUGUGCCUUCCAGUGUGUCAAUGUUGAUGGCAGCUACCGGUGCACGUGUCCUCCUGAUGGAUAUGUCAUGGCUGCAAAUGGUCGCACAUGUAAAGAUGUUGAUGAGUGCACAACUGGCUCUCAUAACUGUUCCACUGGACAGAGCUGCUAUAAUCUCCAGGGGGGCUUCAGGUGUCUGUCCUUUGACUGUCCUCACAACUAUAACAAAGUGACUGACACGCGCUGUGAAAGGGUCAGCUGUCCCCCCAACUCUUUGGACUGUCGGAACUCACCGAUGCGCAUCACCUACUACCAGCUCAGCUUCAAGACAAACAUCAUUGUACCCGCACAGAUAUUCAGGAUAGGCCCCUCUCCCACUUAUGCUGGCGACCACAUCUUUAUUAAGAUCACCAAGGGCAAUGAAGAAGGCUACUUCAGCACCGGCAAACUCAACAGUCACACAGGAGCAGUCUACAUACAGAGAGCGAUCAGAGAGCCACAGGACUUCCUCAUUGAUGUGGAGAUGAAGCUGCAGAGACAAGGCACGCUCACCUCCUUUCUGGCCAGAAUCUAUGUCUUCAUUACAUCAAGUCAAAUGUGAGCAGACUAACCUACAGACUUAAGAUUUCAUAUGGUGCUUUUUGUUAAUGCAGCAAUGUAGGAAAAGAAACAUGAUGGACAGUAUGAACUAUAGCCAAAAUCCUGUUACUCAGCUAAAAAUAGUCAAAGAGAUCUAUACUCAAUUAUAAAAAAUAUUCAUUAAACAACUAGCACACAAGUCACACAUCUUCAUUCCCUAAAAUAAACAGAUUUGCAAGUGAAAUGUCCUAAGAAUGUUAAAAAAAAAACUAAACAAAACAAAAAAAACAACUCUAAUUGUAUUUACUUAAUUUCAUUAUAUUUUUUGGGGAAAAAAAAGUGGUUUGAUUAUGUAUUGGUUUGGAUGAUGGUUUUUGAAAAGAAUAGUUAAUAUUACUGCCACUAUUAGCCCAUUACUGCUAAAGCAAUUUUUUGUACUCUGGCAACCAAAUUUUAUUGUCUAUAUUUGAUCGCACAUAUAAUAUUUGGAUAACCUCUUAUCUUGGCUUUAACCUUUUAAAUUUGUAUUUGAUUUAUAAAUAUGUUACAAUGACAAUGCACCCCCAUCUGACCACAUCCAUUUGUAAGAAACUUUACCAAAUUCACAAAAACGUAUUUGGUCCAAUAAAGUGCACUUGCAUCUUUUUCAGUUAUAACCAAAAAAUCAGUUUCUAUGUCCAGCCUAUGAUGUAAAUAUUGUUUUAAUUUGAUCAACCAAAGUACAGACAACUUCCCCUUGGAUCCUUUAUUGUGUCUGCACCGUACAAAAAAGGAAUUUAUUUUGUAGUUGUAUGCUUAACUAUUAUAUGUAUCUAAUGUACGUCGCUGUUAUUAUCUCAGGGUAUUAUCAAUGCAAUCUUGUCUACACAAAACAUUCAUAUGAAUGGUUUAAUAUAGGCAUGGAAAACUCAGUAAUCCAUAUCCACUGUACUCAAUAAAAAUACUUAGACGUUUUAGACUCAAACAUUUACUGGAAUACCAUUGCCAUCUUGUGGACAGUGGAUAUAUAUAACAGAAUUUGUCCAUACAUUAUUGCAGCCAUUUUAAAUAAAUGCUUCACAUGGGUAAAUCUUCACGUUUUGGCUUUAGUAAGUGGAACACCCAGAU